UCUAGAGCUGUGCACAGGUCUGUCCCGUCUCUCUUCUUACUUGGGGAAGGCGGGACCGUAUUAGCCGGGCAGGGCGUUCUUUCUGCGGUCAGAGACAGCGUAGACGUCCUAGGGGUGGGUCUCUUUUGGCAAAGGAAAACCCACCUUUUUCAUUGUUUGGAUCUCGAAGGAAUGUGAUGGUUUGAUCUUGCGGCGCAAAGGAGGGGGGUGAGAGAAGGAACUAGCGAAGAUCCUGCUGAGAACUGCUCUGUUCAAACCUCAAAAGUCAAACGCGACUGAGUAGUUUUCCAUUUCAGAGCGCUACCUCCCGGACGCUGACUCGGCCCGAAGACUUGUUCAUAAAAUUGUUGGGAUUUGUCAACACUCUCCUGUGUGCUCAAGAACACGAAAGAAGAUAUUCUUAAGAACGUUGGUUGCCAAACAACAUUGGGGCCCCAUUGACUUCCACUGUAUGAACACAAAACCACAAUUUGAGACAUUUCUCCAAAUAGUAGUCAUAUGCAAGGUUUAAACGACAUGAGGGUCAAAACUCACUUGGAUCACCAGUGAAAGUGGAGACAAAGGGAGAAUUGUACAUACAGGGACCCGAACUUCAAGCCUGUUUUUCAUUGUUUCUCUUUAGAAUCCCCAAAUUACUUGGAAAUACCACCAUACAAAUGUGUACCACUCCAUCAAACAACCAUAAAGACCUCACAGUAGAUUAGUAUCAGAUAUAAAAAUGACAGAAACAACAAAUCGCCACCUAAAACACAAAUUGCAGAGCUUUGGGCGACGUCUGGAUGAGCUUGAGGAGGCCAAAAGCAAAUUGCAGAAAGCUGAAGAUGAACUUCUUGACAUUCAGGACAAAAUCAUUCAGGCUGAGGGGAGUAAUUCCUCACUUCUCUCUGAUGUGGAGGCAAUGCGGAAGAGACUGCUCAAAAUUGAAGGCAAAGAUGAGGAAGUGAGGAAAGCUGAAGAUCUCUGCCGUGACGUUAGGGAAAAACUAGAUCAGGCGGAGAAACUAACCAAGGAGCUUAAGGUGGAGAUUGAGCGACUUCAGCGCCGAAUGUCUGAAGUUGAGAAACUUGAAGAGGCGUUUGGUAAAAGCAAGUCAGACUGUACCCAGUUGUGCCUUAGUCUUAACGAGGAGAAAAACUUGACCAAAAAGCUCUCCUCGGAGCUCGAGUCCUUGAAGGCUCGCGUAAAGGAAAUUGAUUCUUCUGAAGCUCGACUGGACAGGGCUGAAAAAUCUCUUACCGCAGAAAUGGAGAAACUAAAGAGUCUCACUCAGACAUUUGUCAGUGAACGCAAAAGACUUGUGGAAAGGCAGAGAGAGGAUGAGAAAAUCAUUCUUAAACUGAAUGAGAAACUUGAGCUUCAGAAAAAUAAACUAGGCACAGCAGAUCACGGCCAAUUUGAUUCCAAAGACCUUCGAAUUGAAGAUGAGUUCUCAACAGGACUUACCUGCAAACUCGCUAGGAAGAAGAGUUUAGAAUACUUAAAGCAUUCUGAUGACUCAGAUUUGAGGAAUAAGUCAGAGAAUGAGAAAAAUAGCUUAGAGGGGCAGGAAGAUAAUAAAGUUAAGGAUCUCAGCCAAGAAGUGGAAAGGCUUAAGAAUCGUUUGAAACAGUUGGAAUUAGUGGAGGAGGAUUUGAAGAACAUGGAAUCCAAGAAUGUUGAGCUGAUAGAAAAGUACCAGCAGGAAAGGAGUCAGAAUCAAACACUCCAUGACCAGGUUGAGCAGAUGAAAAUGCAGCUUGCUGGUUACAGUAAUGGUAAUGGGAACACACAAAUUACCAGCACCACAAAGGUCCUGGAAAAUGGUAAGGCUGAAAAUGAGGAAAUCAACGUACGAAGAGGCAUCCGACAGGAAAAGCCGAAAUUAUUGAACAGGAGUCCUGCUGCUGAACCAGUCAAGUACAAAAGCAGAGAUGCAUCUCCUCAGCAGAGAAAAGAAACCAAGCUGAGGAAUAAAGACCAUUGUCACACCCCAGAGAGCUCCCCAAAGACUGUACGAAGGGCUGCUAGUCCAGCACAUAAUGUCAGGAAAGCUUUGAGGACUGGUGCUUCCGGUUCUCCUUCUGACAAUGGGACAAAAGAUGCAAAGAAAGAUGAAAAACUUGGAAAUGCUACACAGUCAUCUUUGAACACACUCAGCGAGAGCAAGAAAGUCUCAGUCCUUAGUCGCUAUCCUCCAGCUGCUAAUGACCAAAAGUCUUGGAAGCCCACAGCCAAGCAAAAUGACAGUGAAAGCAAAAAGAGCCAAACUGAGAAAUUUUCCAGGUACCCUGGAAGUGAUAGUGAAUCCAGCAGUUCUGAUGCGGCCCAUUUAAUAUCAGCCAGGGCUUCAAGCAUUGUGUCACCUGACAAAGGAUUAACUGAUCAAGAGAGUUUAGAUAACUCACAGGAUCUUUCUGGCAUGUUGAGUCUGUCCAAGGCAAAUGGAUCGUAUGCCUACAGAUCCCAUGUAUAUUCAUCUGUUCUGAGUGAUCAUGGUUCAGAUGGUCACUCCUCAGCUUCAGAAACCGAAUCCACUGGCUCUAGGAGAUCAGUAGGUGAGCAAAGUGACACUAUAACGUCAAGUACAAGUGUAAGAACAUCAUCAGUUUACCCUAGAUACUCACGUCGGCAAGAUUCUCGCUCAGAUGGCACCUCAAAGGGCUCCUUCAAUGAGGACCAACCCAAGCCUCAUUCGGCAGAAGGGGAAACUCAGGAGACUAUGCAGACCACUCCAGGUAUUGAAAUCAGGAGGGUCUGCAGCCCGCGUGAAGCUCUCCGUUCAAAAGCUAUUAUCAAGCAAGCCAUUGUUGAGAUUGAUAGAAAGGAAAUUAUGUCAGGGGGAGUCUCAGAGCCUUCGACUACCAGUGGGAAACCCAAAAUCUCUGCAAAGCCAGCGGUGUCCAACAAGAUGACCAGCAGUAUUACCUUCUACCCCAAUGACCCCAGCUCCUCUCGAACAAGCAGUCGGAGCAGCAGCUUAUCAAGCGAGCCCCCCUCCAAAGAAAGGCACACGUCCACCAGUAAUAUCGUCAUUAGCCCCAGCAGUGAGCACAGGGGAAGCUUUUCUGUACCUUACGAGAUUUCCAUUCCUAAGAGCGAGAUCACUCUGCGUCCAAGUGAUAGUGAUGCAAACUUCUCUGAACCUCCCAGUUUUAUGGAAACUGCUCCUGUGGAGGCAACUCUCUUGGCUCAAAGCAGCUUCAGCCUCCAGUCUUCCAAUACUUCGAACUUCAACAACGAUGAGUCUGGGUUUGAGAGCAGCACAAACUUGAGAGGCCAGAGUCAAAACCACCUCUCAUAUGAUGACGGUUUUCCAGACAUGAGAAAUGUCACUGUCAGGAGCACUUGGAGGAGUCGUGGGGCAGCUUCUGUGGAUGAAUCUGGUCUAGCACUAAGGCAAGAUGGCUCAGAGGAUGAUGGCGAGUCUACUACCAUGUGGAGAGCAUAUCGGGCAACCACAGUGUUGGACACUCCAUCAAACUCCAACAUUCAUUCUAACUGUGGAGUUAAACCAAGCCCAGCAGAGGUAUAUAUGCGUAGGAUCAGCAAUGUUGUGGCGUCUGUCCCUGAGCCGGGACGAAGGAACAAAAAGACUUCUUCUCCAGAGAGGGCUAUUGCACAUGAGCCUGUCAAUGCUCAGCAACUUCAACCAAGAGGCCGUAAACCCAUGUCUGUAGAUGAUAGAGAAGCUGAUCAGUCUUCAUGCAGGAGGCAGCCCUCAGGUGAUGUGGACUCGUACGAUAGGCCUGGAAGUCGUGAAGCGUGGACCAGCAGGGGCCGCCCAGCUGAUGGAAGCCGACCGUGGUCGAACCGCCAUCUAGACAACUGACACAGAUUACCAAUUCACAGAGUUCUUCCAUCUCAGAAUGAGCUCCUGAGCAGAAGGAAGGAAGCUCAGCUCAUCUCUUCCGACAGCCAUCAGUUACAUCACUUCUAAAAGACUCGCCAGUUCUGAUGUUUUCCAGCAGACCGAAAUGACCCCGGGAACCUCAGAUUACCCAUUUACACCAGCCACACCUGUAUGAAUCCACCAUUCUCCUGCUGUUAUGUUUCUACAGCAUCCAAUCCUCUUCUGCUUUCCAUGGUGUAUUAAAGUCGUCAUAUGUGACAAGGGAGAGGCGCAUAGACAUGUGACAACAGGAGAAUCGGGGGUUUUGGGGCACUCUUGACAUUUGAUAUAAUUUGGAAAACCCACACACCUCUAGUGCAACAGGUUGAUCGAAACUUGAUUUUUUUGUGUGUUAUUAUCACAAGGAGCAAGUUACAACUCAUUGGUUUUCAUCUAGUUUGACAAUCUCACACGUUUUGUUGAUUUUCUUUCCUUCGCCGCAUGGUGUUUGUUAAAUCAGGAUUUGAUUCGGAUUAUUGCACAAAACUUAUUGAUUAUCCAGUCAAUCGCAUCACAUUUACACCGGUGUACACAUGAUUUUGCAAUACGGCGCAUUGCCAAGCACAUUGUUUCAUGCUGAGAACUAGAGUCAAACCACAUGCUACAGUAGGAGUACAUGCCAAGACUGCAAGUCUUCAGUAGAUUUUCAUACAUGAUACUCAAUCUCUCCAUCCUUCGAACAUCUGGUGUUUUUCCACACAUAGCCAAAUUUAUUUUAUCCAGUUUGUAAUUUGCUCCUUGUAUCCGAUCAUCAAGUCAGGUCUCUCGUUUCUUCUGUUAUUGUUAUUCUUUUAUUUUCUCUUUAACUGAACUUGAUGGUCCCCACCAUACGGCCACCAUAUCCCUGACAAACAUUUAAAGCGAAAGCUGGAAAAUGCAUCUGCACGUUCAUGUCUCGGUAGCUCAGACGGGAGACUGGUUUUGUAUUUCAAACCACUGGAGAGGAAUAAUCCAGGACUCAUCUUGUAGGUCCGUGGCGUGACCUUGCGCAGAACAUCUGGAACGUCAAACCGGGAUUAACCCAAAUGCUGGACAUUUACGGAGGAUUUUCAGAGCAGCCACUCUGUGACUCAACUUGCAAACUUUGCACAGAAAGACAUUGAUCCAAACUCUCGUGUGCUGAGCACUCGGUUAUAGGAAACCAGUGUUUGGGAUUUUGAUAGUCCGUGUCAGUCAGCUGUAUAAUGUGGUGUGAGAAUCGACCCCUUGACGGGUGGUGUUUUCGUAUGUUAUUUCAGAUGUAUAGCUUGUUGAGCCUUGAGGGUGGGUAGCAUGACACCACAGAAGAUCCAGAAUGCCUGUGCCUGGAUAAACGGCCUUGUGGAAAAAAAUACAUCGGAAUGCUCAUCGCGCAGUUAGUACCUUUUAAAGUUUUUGAGUAGAUAUGCUGCGAUUCACAUGUUUUGCAUUGUAUCUACGAGGUAAACGUUUUUACAGCCUGGUUGAGUUUGUGAAGCUGUUGAGAUGUGGCCAAUGAACUCAUUCAGGCUCAGGUUCCAUUCGUCCUCUAACAGUCAACAUCUUAGUCAACAUAUUUCUCUCUACUUCAUGCUUGAAGCCGGUGGUGAUAACAAAGGGUCCAUAAUCCCUCAGUCCGCUCAAUGAUCUCCAUUUUCACUGGAAUGUGGGAUAUUUUAUGUUUUGUGUUAAUCUGAUGCUGUUUGUGUAAUGUUCUAAGGGUUGAUGUUCAUGUGGAUAGGGUCAGUCUUUUAUGCUUACUGUCUUUGCAGCAUCUCACUCGAUUACAGCUUUAAAAUAAUCCACAAAUCACCGUCAUGGUCAGUUCUGGUUCCUGUGCUCUUUGUGUUGUCGUCUGGGUUUUAUCCAUCUUGUUUUGUCUGGUCGGAUUCUUUAAAACAAAAAUGGAUAUUUUUUUGUUUACCUUUUAUUUUAUUUAAGUCAUUCUAAUGAAUUUGUAAUUGCACUUAAAUCAUUAAAACAGUCUUAUUAGUAAAACGAAAACUAGGUCCUUGUGAAAAUGGGUCAUUUCUGGUUAAAAAACAACACAGUACAUACGAGAAAGUUCUUGGAAGCUUCUGUCAGCUUGGCUUUGAAUAGCAAGAAAGUCUUCUCAUAUCAGUUAAAUCAUAUUUUCCAUUCAACUUCAAACAUACUCCAAUGGCUUAACCAAGUUGGCCAUGUAGCACUUGAUUUUUUUUAUACUGUUGUUCAAUUUGACCUGGGGCGGCAGUUUGGCUUUGUACUUCACAGAUUUGGCCUUUGUUCUACACAAAGUAUAGCUCUCCAAAUGCAUAUCCCAGACUUCACUUCUGCUUCCUGUUAGGGGGUCUUGGGCUGAAGCGGUCAUGCCGUAUCUCCCGUGCCCCUGCCUUCCCAGAAUACCCUAGGGCUCUGGGCUCCUGAAAUCCAAACUGCCGGCCUUUAAAGCCAUUUUAUUGGCUGGCUAAAGUAGCAGCAGGACUGAUAUAGGGCCCACAGGUUUGUUCUAGGUCAGAGGUUACCUUUGCAUUCGAUGGAGUUCCCCUCAUCCCAGUCUGGGGCCUUAAAACUAGCGAACUAUGAAAGUGGGACUUGCAAUAAAGCAUGAUCUUUUGAAAUGAGGAAAAAGGAAGGGAAGUAGGUCACUGGCCAAUGUGUGGGCUGCAGCCUGUUGGCAUGGUGUCCAUGUGUGGUACCAAGAAGAGCCAAGAAGGUCGGCCAGAGGAAAGGUCUUCCAAAUUCCGUAAUAAAUGUUUGGUGUUAUGAAUAGGAAAUCCUCCUCUAAUAAAUUUCAAAAGGGCUGCACUCAAAGCUGGCCAACAUACUCACAUUAGUGUAAAACUGCAACAUAACUCAGGUGAUCUGUGUGAAGAUAUAGUGCAAGUUGGAAAAGUUUUGCAAAUUCCAGUAUCUUCCCAUCCCGACCCCCUGGCCAGGCCAAGGUGUCUCAGCUGCUCCAUGGGUUCAGCACCAGACCACAGCUGUCAGAAACCGUAGGCUUUAUGAGCUUACAAGACAACUCUAGAGAAAGGUUUUUGAUGUCUUUUGAAAGCAAUGAACUGAAACCGCAAUUCUCCUGGAAUCCUUCCUCCUUUCCUGACUCCAUUUACUAAUAUGUGUCAAUGUGUCGUGCACCCUCAGAAGUCAUCAAACACGUGAUUUUCAUACCUCCACUGCUGUCCAAAGCUGUGGAGAUGAUCACUGUGAGGUUGGGUUACACAUCUCAUAAAGGGAUUCCAAGAACAGAGUUCACGGCCAGAUCAGAGGUUACAAAACACAGUGCAGCCCCGACUCCAGCAAAUUUUGUAUAUUCAUCCCAAAAAGUAAACUAUUUUCAUUUGGAACAACAUGAGGGAAAAUUGUGACCGAAUUUGUAUUUUUAGGUGAACUAUCACUUUAAGACAGAUUCACCUAAAUCAUGAAAAAGCAUCUUUUUACCCAAAAGUGUUUUUGUAGUUCAUGCAUGCAUUCAUAUAGUGUCCCAAAUUUGUUGAUGAUUCAAAAUAGUUUUAAGCCUUAUUAAAUAAGUAGUAACUUUACAAAUGUCAGUUCUAAGCAAUAAAGUAAUAUUGAAUGUACAUAGGAGAAAUCUGGAAGAUUUUGCUGUGUAAUGGCCACGGCGUGAGCUGCCAUUGGUCCCAAAGGGUCUCGGCUAUAUAUCACACUCCAGAAUCUGCACUUAACCAGCACUUAAAUUAUUCUUUUGCUUUUAAACCUCUAUAAAUUUUGUCUUGUCUUUUUUCUCUUUUCGCUUUCCCCUCUAAUUAACUGAAUGUACAGCCAUCUAAGAUGUGUAUAUAUGUACGUGUGUUUUUGCACUGGUUAAAGCUGAAUUACAGAGAAAGUUAACUUGCGGUUAUUUUCGAGCCGACUGUGCGUGGGGAGAUGGACUGUCCAGUUCAUUUGUAUAGACUGCAAAGUAUUUUGUCAUUUAAUUUGAAUCAAUCUCUUUUUCCUCUUUUUAAAGGCCUCUGUAAUGUGUUUAAGUCGACACGUGCCAAAAAUCAUUCCAAUGUAUUUUUCUAGCGUACAAUAAAACGAACCGCUUUACAAAAGCAUGAAUAAAGGGUAAAUAUUUCUCUGUAAACUUCACUUUUUUCUGACAAAGUUUUUUUUUCUUCAAAAAACGAGAUUUCAGAAACUGUAAUCGGAUGUUUUAAUUUAAAAAAAGAAUUUGUAAUUUUGUAAAGUGGGCCUUUUUCUUUAACGUUUAUUCUUUGCUUGUUUUUUUUUUAGAUGUGUACCUUAUUGGGCUCCUGGAGAGUGAUUUUUUAUAUAUUUCCAUUUUGUAAUGGAAAAUAAGAUGGAUAUGUUGAGCCAGGGCUUCUGUAUAAUGCUGAUCCACUGGGAUAGUUGCUCCUUAAUAGCGCCUCAUCUUUUAUUAUCCGCUCAGACUGUGGCUUACCGUUGUUCCUUACAUUCAUUCAGGGUUCAUUCAUCUCCUGUGCCGUAUUAAAAGUGUUGCCAAAGAAAGAUUUUCAGGCCUUAAACACACAAAUACGAACACCUGAACACAUUGGGCUGUAACCCACAAAGAAUAAAAGUUCACUGAUACUUGCUUCCACCUUCCCUUAUACAUAAACUCUUCACACAUAAAAUACAGGCCUGUAUAUAGUAAAAGAAGGAAGAGGUGGGGGUGUGUUUCUUUAGUAAAGCAGUGUUUGUGAUCCAAUCAGAUGCUGGUGUAGUGGCAGAUGCUCAUUGUAUUCUGCCUGUCAGUGUCAGCAAUAACACGCAAAUUUGUGUUUCACACCUUUGUACUGUAAUAUAUGUGCAUGUUUCAUCUUAACAUGUUUUCAGCAUUUUGCAUGAAGCUAGAAAUCUCUAGGCUGAACUGCAGACUGUAUGUAUUCAAGCUAAUAUAAUAAAGCAACUUGUUUG